UACUCCGAGCAAUAUCCGAGCUUGGCGGCGGCUCCCGAGGUUCACGCACCGCCGAGCGAAGCGCUCAGCCCGGACCUGCAGUAGGAGUUGUCUUCGCCGGCUGCCAGUGGAGGCUGCAACCCCGGGGGUUUUGGGUGGAGUCCUUGUCCGAUCUGGGGAAUGUGACGCGCGGACGGAAAGAGACGUACACCGGGGAUUUCAACCGAGAAAGCGAUACCCGUCGGUUUAAAAAAACAAAACAAACAAAAAGAAAAAAAUCAAAAAAGAAAAAGAAAGAAAAAAAAAAGAGAAGAGGUUACAAGUUCUGCAGCAAAGUUUGGAGGUUCAAAUUUCUCCUCCCUCACCUCUCCUUACCCCUGAAUCCUGACCUUUGACCCCACUGCCCUCUCCAACUAUGGCGCACCGAUCUCAGAGUUCAUCGAUUGGUGAUAACCCCCUUGACCCAAACUACCUGCCCCCACACUACCGUGAGGAGUACCGUCUAGCUAUUGAUGCUCUGAUAGAAAACGACAUACAGGGCUACUAUGAGUUCCUCCAGACCACAGAUGUGGUUAGUUUCCUGGCACAGCCAGAAAUUGAACUUAUCAAGUCCACAAUCCAUGCGCCCAGUCAUACCUCCAGCAUGCCAGAGUUGACAUACCAUGAGGGAGGUCAUGAGGCUGAUGGCUCCUCUGACACCUACUGGCCGGUGCAGUCUGACGUUGCUGCCCCGGGGCUGGACCUGGGAUGGCCGCUGCUACAGCACAGCUUUAUUGGGCCCACAGAGGUCACCACUCUGGUCAACCCCUCCGACCCAGACAUGCCGAGCAUCAAGGAGCAGGCCAGGAGACUCAUUAAGAAUGCACGUCAAGUUAUUGCUGUGGUGAUGGACAUGUUCACAGAUGUUGACAUUUUUGCUGACCUCUUGGAUGCAGCAGCACGCCACGUUCCUGUUUACAUUCUACUAGAUGAGCAGGAGGCCCAUCACUUUGUGUCUAUGGUCAUCAAUUGCAAAGUCAACUUAGACUUAAUUCCUAUGAUGCGCGUCAGGACUGUGGCAGGAAUAACCUAUUACUCCCGGACGGGGAAAUCGUUCAAGGGACAGGUGAAAGAUCGUUUCCUACUUGCUGACUGCAGGGCUGUACUCAGUGGUAACUAUAGUUUCAUGUGGUCCUAUGAGAAGAUCCAUCGCUGCAUCGCUCACCUCUUCCUAGGGGAGCUGGUUACCACGUUUGAUGAAGAGUUUCGCAUUCUCUUUGCUCAGUCAGAGCCUCUAAGUAUUGACCCAUCAGAUGGAGCACUUGCUUUUUCUGACACCAGCAGCACCAGCAGUUACUUAAGCAUGCAGUUUGGUUUGAAGAGGACCCAGUCUUUGCGUAACCCCAUAGGUUACCGCAGGCAGUCUGAGUUUUCCUCUGCCUUCCCCUACGGAGACUCUGAUCGUAACCUUGCACUUCCUUUCCGGAGGAACGACCCAUUUCGUCACACCAUUGAACCUGGGGCAGGAAUAACAAUUGGGAAGUAUUCCCAGCAACAGUUUCGUCUGCAGCAGGCCGUCCUGGAGCCGGGAAGAUCCAUAGUGUCCAGGCAGAUGGAGAUCAGUGCCAGUGCCUUCAAGAGGCACAGCUAUGCAGAGGGAACCCAGGAAAACUACACAUCUUCAAGGCAAUACAUGAAGCACAGAGUCAUGAAUAAUCUGGAAGAGACAGACUUCCACAGGGAGCAAACGCAGAGUAGCCAGUACUACAGUGAAGGACCUGGCCCGGGUUCUGGCCAUGGACACUACAAUAGACUUCGAAGUAAUCCUCAACACCUCUCCUUUGACCAGUUUUCAGGCUCAAGUUUUCGCUCAGAUCUGGAGCCUCCUCCUGGAAACUAUGGCCGAGACUACUUUUCAUCUGAGGACUUGAUAGGACCUGAGGGGCACCAGGCACCUCCAUUAGCUGGGAGAUAUGAAGGUGGUUCCUGCCAUAAGAGGCCAACCAUAGGUCAGGCAUAUGCCUGCCAGACCUCACCCACACAGCCCCACCCUCCAGAUAAGAAACAGUUUCUCAAACAGUUCGAUCAAGAGAAUGAUCAAGAUGCAAGUGUUAGGCAAGGGCUGAGGAGUUGGAGAAUCCACUCCUAUCUUAGCACAUAUGAGGACAGUGGAGAAGAAGGUCUGACUCAGCCUAUGGGGCCUGAUGCAUUUGAAGAGCCUCCACCAUCUCAGCAGCCUACUGCUGCUGAAACGUCAGCUUUUCACUUUGGAAUAAAGGAGCCACCUAAUGUUCCCCCAAAGCCCAGACCAGAUAUCCUGAGACCACGCUUUGGAAAGCCCAGAUUACCUGAGAGAUGCAAUAAAGACUCUGCCCCAACAACAACCAAGGAUCUGCUUUCCUCAGCAAGUGAUUUGAAGCCAUCUGUACUAGAUAAAAAAGACAGGGAGGUGAUGAAGGAAAGGGAGAGAGAGCCAGAGAGGGGUGCAGCAAAGGAUGUGGGCAUGGAUGUGGAGGUAAAAGAGGCUCCAGAUCUCUUCCUGUCCAAACAUGAAUCAUUCCGCUCACGUAUUAACCCGCUCCUUCAACGUAGCUCUCGUCUCCGUUCCUCGCUUAUAUUCUCAUCUUCCAAGACAGAGAUACACAGUGGUAGCCUGGGAUUAAAACCAGCAACAGAGGAAGAUGAGGAGUUAGACACAGUGCGCAGUUCCUCGAUUGUUGCCCGGAUCCUAGAAAAGAGGAGGUCAUUGUCUCGUGAGCCAUUUGAGUGGAGAAAGAAGGCUGAGGAAAAAGAUGAGGAGAAAGAGAAGGAAAAGGAGAAAGAGAAAGAAGAAAAAGAGAUGGAGAAAGAGCAUCAGCCACAGGAAAAGGAGAUACGAUUUAAAGAUGAGAUUAAAGCAAAAGAGGAACCUCAGAAAACUUAUGUGGAGUCAAAGACAACAACUGUUGAAAAUUCUGAAGUCACAACAUCAUCAUCUCUGAACAUGAAUGACCCAGCCAGUCGACUGCAGUAUUUCAAAGACCAGGCUGCUAGGAAAAAAGCCUCAAGAAAUGAGACAGAGUCAUCACUAAAAGCCCAAGAACCUGCUGAAAAAAAGCCAAACACUUCUGAUAAACCUUCUCUCAACACUACAAUGACUCCAAAGAUCCCAACUGUCUCUGUUGGUUCAGUCGAACCUGAACCAAAGAAGCCAGACAUCUCCACAAAACUGGCAGAGCUCACUCGCAGACCCUCAGUUAGUUCCUCAAAACCACCCAUAAUCUAUACCAAGCCUUCUGCAAACUACCUGAAGCCUUCAGAGGCAUCUCAACCUCAUAAAGAGGAGAAUGCCUCAGAGGGUCAAAAGAAGGAUCUGUUCAAGUCUCUAAAGCCUCUUCCUUCACCUAAGCUCUUCAAGAGGGAUCAGCUGAAGCUCAGAGGAUUGAAUCCUCGUCGUAUCUCCUGUGGUGAGGAGAUUCUGACCACAGAUGCUACAGAUGCAGAGAAGAGUGAACUGAAAAAGAGCCGCUCUCAAAGUUCUUCAACUCUGCCACAUGAUGACUCUAAAGAAGGACUCCAGAAAAUUAUGGGAUCUAAUACAUCCAUCAACACACUUGGUGAAGGAAAGGGUGAGGGUAAGACACUCGACUUCUUAAAGAAGCAGACUCAGAGGAUAAAGGGAUUCCUUGGAACCAAGGAUAAAGAAAAGAAAUCUUCAGGAGAUGAUAGGGGCAUUAGCAUGGUAAAAGAGAUCACUGAAGAUUCAAGCAAAAAGCAGAGUUCAUCAGCUAUCGUUACAGGAUCUACCACUACCGACCAAACUACAGCCAAUCACAAGACAUCAAGUGGGACAUCAGGCCCGUCUCGAUACCAGGCCUCGGGCAGCUCUGUUUUGUUCAGUAGCAACCUACGAGAUGACACCAAAGUCAUUCUGGAGCAGAUCUCGGCCAACAGCCAGAAAAACCGACUAGAGCGAGAGGAAACAGGAGGAGACAGAGAUAGUGACUCCGGGGAAAUGGGCCUGGAGAGCCAGAACUCCAUAAAACGGAAUCGAUUUCUGCGACCACAAGGCAACAUCCAGGAGCGGGAAGGAUUACUGAAGAGGAUAGAGAGCCUGAGGAAGGAGAAGAAGGUCUACAGUCGCUUUGAGAUGGGGAAUAGCCUGGGAUAACGAAAGGUGGAAAAGCGACCUUUUAAAUGGAAACUAUUUAUGCGAGAUGAUCAAAAAGACCCUUUGUCCAUUGGUGCCAGCGAAGCUAGUCAAGUACCUCUGUGGUUCACCACUGCAGCCUUUCCUGGAUUUUCACACUAAGUAAUAAAACUUGAACAUAUUAUAGAUAUAAAUGCUGGAAACAAACUUAAGUCAUUGAGUUUGGAAAGUGCCCAUUUGCCAAGACCUGGUACUACUUUUACCUUACAUGGUGAGAGAAAGUGAGUGACUCUACUUACACGUAUACUGGCUGCAUGGGCUGAUGUUUCACCAACCAGAAAAAGGUAGGGCAGGUUACCCAUAACUGAGCUUGUAUCAACGUGACUGAGGGAGUUAGAGGAUAAGACAAAGCUAUUACAUAUUUCACCUGGGGGAAAAAAUAGAUACAUGGCAGUAAAUGGCUGCAGAUGUAUAGUACCAGUGUUGUGUGUUUCUGCAAGUGAGGGUGUAACUGUGACUUGUUUGAAACUGAAUUGGAGAAGGUGUCCUUGUGGAUUCACCAUGUGCCAAUGGCCCACCGGGGGCAUUACCAAAGCUACAGGGACUAUCAUUACCCCAGCCCAGAAAGCAAAGAUGAGGAUAUGAAGAUAAAUAGAAUGAGGAUUGGCUGAAAAUUUAAGGGAAAUUCUUUGAAAUUACAGGGAGAGUAAGACAAAAUCAGAAUCAGAAAAUUAGAUAACGUGUUUUCUAAUGUGUAAUUCUGUUGCUGAGGGAGCAGCAGUAGAGUUUUGAUCGCCUCUAGUGAACUUUGCCUUGUCAAGAAAGCAUUACGUACCUUUCUAUUAAGGCGUGGGACCAUUUCUCAGGGUUGAAAAUGUCAAGUAACCAUUCAGAGCAGAGGCCUAAAAGCUUGCAUUGUCAGAGGAUUGGAGUUAAGAAAUGUGUAUGUACUAGUCUUUGUCUUACACAAUGUAAAUAAAGAUGUGCCCCCGUUUGUCAUUCCUUUUUGGAUUUUUGAAUUAGUCAUUAUCUCUUAAGGAAAGGAAGAGUAAAAAGAUAGGUACAUUUUGCGUACGGGAGCAGGGCCAUGCCUCCUUACAUAAGGUAUUUCCCUUCUGAGAACUACGCCCUGCACAGGACUUCUAACUCCUUUGUUGUUCUGUUAACACCAUUAAACCAAAUAAUUAGUUAUGAGGGUACAGUUGACAGGCUGCUU